UCUAGUACUUCAACUAUUUCGCACAUUAGGACUAUUUACAUUUGUGUAAUUUGGAGUACUUAAAUAAAACUUCAAAUGGCACCCCCUUGCACUGACAAGAAUUCCUCUUUGAUGUUAAUGGCUCUCUUCUGCAUUUUUCUCUUAGCAAUGCAAGCACAAUCAUCUGACUACUGUUUCUUGCUAAGUGGAUGCUCAUAUGGAAAACCCGCCACGCAAAAUCACUUAAUUCAGAACAGAAAGGUGAUUUACAGCUUGAAGGGAAAAGAGACAUUUCCCAUUACCCUAAAUGGAAAAACAACAAGCCAAGAUGAUGUGGAAUUAAGAGAAGCACCUAUGAGUCCAGACCCUUUGCACCAUAAUGGGGGUCUCCCUAGUGUGAUUAUGCCGUAGCUAUCUAUAAUAUAAUAGUAUAUAAUAUGAUAUUUACUUGCAAAUCGGCUUGUUUAGUUUUCCCUUUUUUGUUUUAUUUUUAUCGGGGUAUCAUAUCAGGCUAUCAGCUUUUAAAGGUUAUAGUUCUAAGUUAAAUGUAAACGGACAGGAUUUUUGUGA